UUUUAUUCCCAUCCGUUGAAAUUUUUAAUUCAAAAUUCUAACCCAAGUCAACGGUUUUAUUUCUUGUUCUAUUUCUUCAUCAAACAUACAAUGCCCAAUUCCACAAAUUUCCUUCCAUCUCAAAACCCAAAACCAUACCAAAAAAAUGUAUCCUUUUAUCAUUCUUUUGACACAUUUAUGGCUUACAUUAGUUGAAUCAAAGUGUCACAAUAUUUGCAAUUUAGCUUUAGCUUCAUACCAUGUAUUACCAGGUUCUACACUUGAUCAUAUAUCGAUGUACUUCUCAAAUCAUACCAUUUCUGAUGAAAUUGUCAGCUACAAUCGUAAUAAACUCCAAAACAAAGACAUACUUCCUUCAAAUAUUCGAAUCAAUAUACCAUUUCUAUGUGGGUGUGUUAAUGACACAUUUUUGGGUCAUAUUUUUACAUAUACGUUUCAAAAAGGUGACACUUAUGAGAAAGUUGCUAAAUAUAAUUAUACAAAUCUUACUUUUCCUGGUUGGAUUGAAAAGUUUAAUGGGUAUAGCCCAUAUAAUGUUCCUGAUGGGACUAUUAUUAAUAUUCCUGUUAGAUGUUCUUGUGGGGAUGAAAGUGUCUCAAAAGAUUAUGGGUUGUUCAUUACUUACCCACUUCUUCCUGGUGAAAGUUUAAGGUCUAUAUCUUCGGAGUUUAAUUUGAAUGAGAGUUUAUUGCAGGGUUAUAAUCCUGGUGUCAAUUUUAGUGCUGGAACUGGCUUUGUUUAUAUUCCUGGAAAAGACAAAAAUGGAACCUACCCACCCUUGGUUGGUAGCAAUGGAAAAAGUUCCGCAGGCCUUGGUGUUGGAGCCAUUGGUGGUGUAUGUAUAGCAGGAAUAUUCCUGAUAAUUAUAGCAGUUGGGUCAUGUUUUGUAUGCAAAAGAACUAAAAAGACUAAGAAGACUUCAGUUGUCUCUGAGAAGCCUGAAUACCAGCUAACACAUUCAAGUUCUUUUAGUCAAGAUAGAGAUACAGGAGGCAUUCCAGGCAUAUCUUCUGUGGAGUUUUCUUAUGAAGAGCUUGCAAAAGCAACAAAUAAUUUCAAUGCUUCUUUCAAGAUUGGUGCAGGUGGUUUUGGAGAAGUCUACUUUGCAGAGCUCAGAGGCGAGAAAGCUGCGAUUAAAAAGAUGGAUAUGGAAGCCUCAAGGGAGUUUCUGGCUGAGCUCAAGGUCUUAACCCGUGUUCAUCACUUACAUCUGGUCCAUCUGCUUGGAUUUUGUGUGGAGGGUUCACUUUUCUUGAUAUAUGAGUUUAUUGAUAAUGGGAACUUGAGCGAACAUUUGCGCUAUUCAUCAGGGAGAAAUCCAUUGCCAUGGACAACUAGAGUGCAAAUUGCCCUAGAUGCAGCUAAAGGUCUUGAGUAUAUCCAUGAACACACUGAUCCUGUGUACAUUCACCGUGACAUUAAACCAGCAAAUAUAUUGAUAAACAAGAACUUCCAGGCGAAGGUUGCAGAUUUUGGAUUGACAAAGCUAGCUGAAGUUGGAAAUGCAACUUUACCUACUCGCCUUGUCGGAACAUUUGGAUAUAUGCCACCAGAGUACGCCCAAUUCGGUGAAGUCACUCCCAAGGUAGAUGUUUAUGCAUUUGGGGUUGUUCUUUAUCAACUUAUAUCAGCAAAAGCAGCUGUGGUUAAGCAAAACAGAUCGACUUUUGAAUCGAAGUCUCUUGUCGCUCUGUUUGACGUUGCAUUGAGUCAUCCCGACCCAAACGAGAUAUGCAAACUGGUUGAUCCUCAGUUGGGUGACGAUUAUCCCUUGGAUUCAGUGCGUCAGGUGGCUGAGCUUGCCAGAGCAUGUACUCAAGAUAACGCCAUGUUACGUCCAAGUAUGAGAUCAGUCGUGGUGGCUUUAACGACUAUGUCAUCGACUACACAAAACUGGGACAUCGAGUCCUUUUACAGAAACAGUGAUCUUCUGAAUCUGGUGUCAGGAAGAUAGAAAACUGCUGUUUUUACCUCUUUGCAUUGUUUGUUUGUAUAACCUGAUCAAAAGAAUUGUAAAUGAAUGUAUUUGUGCUGUGUACAUGUCAUGUUUCAUAUGAAAUUUUGAAAUUUUUUAGCAUUCAUGACUCUAUAUUAAUCAACACCAUUGUACAGAAGUAAUAUGAUAUCUUACAGAGUCAUAUAACUUUUGGAUCCAGGGGGUGAGGUUGUAUUUCAUUAUAUAUUUUCUAUGCUUCGAUUGAGUUAGGUUUAAGAUUUAUAUAUAUUUCUUUGGUUUGAAAUUAUAAAGGACCGUAGUGAAAAUAAUUGUUUAAUUAUAUGCAUUCUUAUAAAUGUUAAGUUGUAAAUGAUGUUAAUGACCA